AUGCCAUACCACAGAGUGUCAGUUGUUGCUCUACUAACUGGCAUCAUUGUUGCCACACUGGUGAGCCAGGCUGGAGGCUACAAACAUGUUGUUUUCAUGCAUGGAAUAUUUGCUGGUCCCAAAGAAUUUGACCAUUUCAACAAUCUUGUGCAAGAGUACCACCAGGGCACCCCAACAACACCGGUGAACCUGUUCAACAAUGCAGCAAGUCUGACCAACAUGUGGCUGCAAGUUGCCAACAUAACAGACCUUCUGAAACCCAUUUUGACCAACAGAUCUUCAGAAGGAACUAUACUAGUCUGUUUUUCCCAAGGUGGCCUUAUUUGCAGGGCUAUACUAGCCACUGUGGAGCAUAAUGUGGACACCUUUAUCAGCCUGAGUUCUCCGCUAGCAGGGCAGUAUGGUGAUACAGAUUAUCUCAAGCGGUUAUUCCCAAAUUACAUCAAAAAGAACAUUUAUAAGUUGUUCUAUUCUGAAUCUGGGCAGAAAUAUUCAAUAGGCAAUUAUUGGAAUGAUCCUCAUCAGCAAGAUUUGUUUAAAAAUGUCUCAACAUUUUUGGCAGUUCUCAAUAACCAGUCGACGACCUUCAACCCAAGGAGCCAGGAAUUCAGGAAAAAUUUUCUGCGAUUGAAGAACUUGAUUCUUGUGGGUGGCCCGGAUGAUGGAGUUAUUUCCCCCUGGCAAUCCAGCCACUUUGGUAUGUUCAAUUCUUCAGAAGCUGUCCUACCAAUGGAAGAACAAGAGUGGUAUCUCAAUGAUGCAUUUGGCCUGAAGACUAUGAACUCUCGAGGAUCCAUAAUUAAACAAACAGUCGCAGGAAUACGUCAUGUAAAGUGGCAUUCAGACGACCAUGUGUUUGCAACCUGCAUCAAGCCUUGGUUGAGGUAG